UCAACACGACUUAAAAAUAUCCAAUCGAUCUUCUCUCUCUUCCGCUAAAGUACAAACCUGUCUUCAAUGAAAUCCCUCCACUUUUCUUGAUCAAACCAACACAAUUUUGGUUCCAAACACUUCAAAACACACAUACAACACCAAAACACACACUUCAUCUUCUGACGUUUGCCGCCAUCAAAUUCAACCAUGCUCAUCUACGCUCAUCUUCCAUAUUCCGUAAACACAAUACCAUGAAGCAAAAGAAAAGAUUAUGGUUUCAGAGAACUAGUCAAUGGAGAAUAAGAAGAGAUCUUUCGUUGCUGUUUUAUCUCUUCUCUUGCUUCUGUUAAUUGCUUUCAAUGGAGCUUCUAUCUUCUCCAUAAUGAUACCUUACCCGGAAAAUAUCGCCGGAGAUUCAAGAAACUUGGUGUCUGUGUCGUCUUCUUUGUCGAAUUUGAUGUAUGCGCUUGAAGAAGAAAACCCAUCUGUAAUCUCGAAAACCCAUUUCAAGUUACAGCGAAAUACGGUGGCCGGCGCCGGAGAUUAUACGAGCUUUAACCCUGUACCUUACUCAAUGCACGAUGUAGAACAACAUCAGCAGCAGAGUAUAUCCUUGGUGAAAGAAGAAACCCCAUCUGUAAUCUCAAAUACCCAUUUACCCCUUCUGCGAAAAUCUCACAGUUUACCUUUCGAAUCCGAAGAUUUCCCGGUCAAAAAGAAGAAACUUUUGGAGGGUUUGACUUUCUUGGAGCCUUCUGACCGGCUCCGGCGAGGGUAUUUCCGGGCGAGAGUGAAGGAAUUCUUUAGCAAGAAUGAGACUUCUUGCAAGGUUCGUUUCUUUAUGACGUGGAUUUCGCCAUUGAAUUCUUUUGGUGAAAAAGAAGUCCACUCAAUCGAAACUGUAUUCAACACACACCCAACUGGGUGUCUGCUAAUCCUUUCAAACUCCAUGGAUUCGAAUAGAGGACGCCAGAUUCUAAAACCAUUUUUGGAAAAAGGGUUUCGAGUAACAGCAAUUUCGCCUGAUUUACACUACUUGUUCAAGAACACAAUGGCAGAAUCAUGGUUUUUUAAGUUAACUAGAGGUGAUGUUGAUGCUGGGUUCAUUCCAUUUGGUCAAAACUUAUCGAACUUGCUUCGGCUUUGUUUGUUAUAUAAAUUCGGUGGGGUUUAUAUGGAUACCGAUGUUAUGAUUUUGAAAAGCUUCUCGAAGUUAAAGAAUUCAAUCGGAGCUCAAACAUUGGAUUUGGGUUCAAAGAACUGGAGCAGGUUGAAUAAUGCAGUCAUGGUGUUCGAUAAAAUGCAUCCAUUGGUUUACAAGUUUAUCGAAGAGUUCGCAUUAACUUUCAAUGGAAACAAAUGGGGUCACAAUGGUCCUUACUUGGUUUCACGUGUAGUUUCAAGGCUUGAAGGUAGGCCUGGAUAUAAUUUUACGAUUCUACCCCCAUCAGCUUUUUAUCCAGUGAACUGGAACAGGGUUCGGAAUCUUUUUCGUGGGGCUAAAAAUGAGACGGAUGCAAAAUGGUUGAGGUGUAAACUUAGGCAGAUUCGAAGCCAGAGUUAUGCUGUUCAUCUUUGGAAUAAGCAGAGUAGAAACCUUCGUGUUGAAGAAGGAAGCAUUGUGGGAAAGAUUUUAUCAAGUCAUUGUGUUUUCUGCAAUUCAUCCACAAAUAGCAUUGUAAGUAUACAAUAAAACCAGGAAAAACAAAAUCCAAUCUUUUGUGUUAUUUGUGGUUAGGAAUCAACUCAAUUCCUUCCACAUUUUGAUUACGAUAAAAAAGAAAAACCGAUGAAAAACGAAGAAAUCGGAUAUAAUUUCAAGUUUUUUGAUUUCAUUAUGUUAGCAUGAUCAUAUGAAUUAGAAGCAAAAUUCAUAAAAGAUUUCGUUAUAUGGUUGUAGUUUUCAAAAGCAAACGUUGGUUUAUAGUAUUUUCUUUGGAGCGGAAAUGGCAAAAUAGUGCUGAAAUAACUUGUACAUUAUUCAUUACAAAGUUGUACCUUUUUUUGUUUUGGAAAAAGAUGUAGCCUUUGUUUUGGUUUCA